UGAUUUUUCUAGAGCUUCUUGUUGGGAAGGAAGCUCUGGAGAGUCGCUGAUUGCCAGAGUAAACACGGCAACGGGGGUCAAGCAUUAUAGGGAGCAUUGAUCCUGAAAACACACAGGUUCAUAAGUUGGACAGUUGUCAGCUAUGUCAUCUUCACCCGACCCGACUGAUGCAAAGACAGAGCCUCCCAAGAGUGCUGCUUACAAAAGUCCAGGACUGAGAGGAAUCCGAACCACCAGCCUUUUCCGAGCAGUUAACCCGGAGCUCUUCAUUAAACCUAAUAAACCUGUGAUGGCUUUUGGACUGCUGACCAUAACACUCUGUGUGAGUUACAUUGCUUACUUGAACGCCACAGCAGAAAACAAGGCAGAGUUGUAUGAAGCAAUCGAUAGUGAAGGAACAAGAUACACAAGACGAAAAACAUCAAAGUGGGAAUGAAAUACCCAGUGAAACCAGAUGAGCAAUAUUGCAACCAAGAAACUAGAGAAGUAUUUGUAACAAUUUUUGUUAUUAAUAUUAUGUAGUUACAACACCGCUGAGAAUGUAUGGAGUAAGGUAGAGACCUCAACAUUCCUAUCAUGUUGAGUAUAAUUUACCUUGAUUGUUAACUCUGAGUACUUAAUUUAGAUUCCCAAAUAAAUAUUUUUCCUUCCCAAGGAAUGCAAAGUGAAUUCAACCUUCAGCCAUAGCACCAUCUAGGGGGUCAUGUACAAAUUACUACAUUAUAUAAUAAUAGCAUUUGAACCUUAGCAUUUAGUAAGCUUCCUCGGCUCCAUGCAUGUGAUACCACUUACCCAAUGUAUCUUCUACCUAGUGUGUGAAUUCUUCUUCCCUGUCAUCAAAGUAGUAGAGUGUGCCAUUAUUUUAUGGCGAAGGUUUGGAUAUGAGAGAGGCUACCCACUGGAACAAUGACUGUUUUAUAGUCUGUGACACUGAUCAAACGGGAGUGGUGCUUUUAGCAUUUGAGCAGACUAUUUCAAUCCUGCCAUUAUGAAAAGCUCCAUCUAAUAGGCAGGUGACAGACUGGUAAAGACUUGCUCCUGAACAGUAAUCCUGUAGUAAUGAAAGUUUUAAUCCCAAUUUCCAUUCGUUAUUUUUCUGAGACUUCUGUCUUGUUUAUUUUCUAUGAAACUAAUAUUUUUCUUCUGUUCCUUAAAUCCAUGCUCGUGCCAAAUAUGACAAUAAAGAGAAAGAUAGUCAGAUUCAAAUCAAGAAAUUCACACUUGCUGCAAAUAAAUACAAAAUUUUGAAAAUACACAACAGGCCCAUCAGCAUCUGAAGAGAGAAAACAUAAUUUAACAUUUCAGUUAGACUCCCUUUGGUAGACGUGGUCAAGUUCUGAACUAACUGAAGCUGCCUGCCUUGGGAUGUUUAUGCUGAAGAUAGUGUAAAAUAAAAAUUGUUUUGUUUCA